AUGGCCGGCGGCCGCAAGAAUAAGUCUUCAGGCCCAGCGCCUCCGUCCAAGACCCUCGUACUCGAUAAUGGCGCAUACACCAUCAAGGCUGGCUUUGUGUCCGACGAGCUCACCGAGGAGCCUCGAAUCAUCCCCAAUUGCGUCGCCCGCGAUCGAGCAAGAAAGAUUUAUGUAGGGUCGGAUCUUGACAAGUGCCGCGACUUUGGAGAGAUACAGUUCCGCCGCCCCGUCGAAAAGGGCUUCAUAGUCAAUUGGGAGGCACAGAAGGAGAUUUGGGAUCACGAAUUCUUCGACGAUAAAGCACCACAAAAAUGCGAUCCGUCUGAGACCAGGCUUCUUCUUGCAGAGCAGCCCAACUCGCUCCCUACCUUACAGUCGAAUUGCGACCAAAUUGUUUUUGAAGAAUAUCAGUUUGCAAGCUACUACCGAGGCAUAGGAGCUGCAUUUAAUGCAUACCAUGAUGUCCAAGGCAUUCUCCAGACACCUCGAGACCCGAACACGGUUCCCCAGCUGCCGGCCGAAGUCGUGCUUAUAAUCGAUUCUGGCUAUUCCAACACCAUUGUUAUGCCUCUCCUCAAUGGUCGGCCCCUGCAUUCAGCUGUCCGCAGACUCGAUGUUGGCGGAAAGCUCUUGACAAACCACCUAACUCGCCUGCUAUCGCUCCGCUACUACGACAUGAGGAACGAUACGUACAUUGUAAAUGAGAUUAAAGAGCAAGCCAGCUACGUCUCGCUGGAUUUCAACGGCGAUCUUGAGAAGACAUGGAAGGGAACACGGGGCGAGAAGAGAGAACCGUACUUGACCGGAGCUGGCAUCGCCAAGGACUAUGUCUUGCCUGACUUCCACACGCGUACAAAUGGCAUUGUCAGAGACUAUGACCCAGCCAUGCAUACAAAGUCGAAGAAAAUAGCGGCACGUGCCGCGGACAACGAUGAGGACAUUCUGACCCUGCGGAACGAACGUUUCUCUGUGCCUGAACUGCUUUUCCAACCUUCCGACAUAGGGCUGCGUCAACCUGGUCUGGCCGAUGUCAUCAUGCAGUCGCUGUCCGAGCUGCCAAUUGGCCUAUGGCCAGGACUGCUGGCUAACAUAGUAGUUGUCGGUGGCAACGCCUUGUUCCCUGGGUUCAUCCAGCGUCUUGAGAAGGAACUUGUCAAGAAGGUCCCCGAUGCUUGCAUUGUCAGGGUUGCACAUCCGGUUGAUCCAAUCACGAGUACAUGGCGUGGUGGCGCAAAUCUGGCCAAACACGCUGACAUUUUGAAAUAUUCUGCCACUAAACAAGAGUACGAAGAGUACGGCGGCGCCUGGGUCGCGCGCAAGUUUGCCACAGGAAGCACCGGCGACUGA